GCUCAGCUAUAUAAACCCAGCAGAAUCUGGCUGAUCUGACCAGUUUGCCUUACUGUCAAACGUUUCUUUCACACACACACACACACACACACACACACUCACACAGAAUUAGGCAUCACAACUUCUCUGAGUUUUGACAGGACGGCAACAAAGUCAGAAGCUGAUAGCUGACUUUAACAUCUUUAUUUCAUGGAGGCUGCUCGCAGCAGGAUCUAAUCUCUGUCAGAGUCUGUAAGGGAACAAGCGUGACAGGAAAGGAAAGGAAACACAACUUGGCUCGAACUGGCUCUCCAAUUUCUCCUCCAUACUACAAAGGCCAAAGAAAUAUAAGACUCCAUCAGCUUUGAAAAGGAACUGAACGCCACAAUGGGACUCCCCACCCAGGUUUUGGCCUGUGCAAUCUUAGGUUUGCUGUACCAGCAUGUCAGUGGUGGACUCAUCAAGCGAAUUAUCCGGCAGAAGCGGGAGACUGGGCUAAACGUGACCUUACCAGAGGACAGCCAGCCCCUCGUUUUUAACCAUGUCUAUAACAUUAAGUUGCCUGUUGGCUCCCUUUGCUCUGUGGACCUGGAUACAGCAAGUGGCGAUGCAGACCUGAAGGCAGAAAUUGAGCCUGUCAAGAAUUACGAGGAGCACACGGUGAAAGAUGAGAACCAGAUUGUCUUCACGCACCGUAUCAACAUCCCCCGCCGGGCUUGUGGCUGUGCAGCUGCCCCAGAUAUUAAGGAUCUGCUGAGCAGACUAGAGGAGCUGGAGGGGCUUGUAUCCUCCCUACGGGAGCAGUGUGCCAGCGGGGCUGGAUGCUGUCCUAAUUCCCAGACAGCAGAAGGUCGCCUGGACACGACACCCUAUUGCAGCGGGCAUGGCAACUACAGCACUGAGAUCUGCGGCUGCGUCUGCGAACCCGGCUGGAAAGGCCCCAACUGCUCUGAACCAGCCUGCCCGCACCACUGCUUCAACCGGGGCGUGUGUUUACAGGGCAAAUGCAUCUGCGACGAGGGCUUCACUGGCGAGGACUGCAGCCAGGCCUCCUGCCCUUCGGACUGUAACGACCAAGGCAAGUGCGUGGAUGGGGUUUGCGUGUGCUUUGAGGGGUACACAGGCACAGACUGCAGCGAGGAGCUCUGCCCCCAUGGGUGCAGCGUGCACGGGAGGUGCGUGGGCGGGCAGUGCGUGUGCCACGAGGGCUUCACUGGCGAGGACUGCAGCGAGCCCCUGUGCCCCAACAACUGCCACAACCGCGGGCGCUGUGUGGACAACGAGUGUGUCUGUGAUGAGGGCUACACCGGUGAGGACUGCAGUGAGCUCAUCUGCCCCAACGACUGCUUCGACCGUGGGCGCUGCGUCAACGGGACCUGCUUCUGUGAGGAGGGCUACACCGGAGAGGACUGUGGGGAUCUGACCUGCCCCAACAACUGCAAUGGCAACGGGCGCUGUGAGAACGGGCUGUGUGUCUGUCACGAGGGCUUCGUUGGGGAUGACUGCAGCGAGAAGAGGUGCCCGAAGGACUGCCACAACCGUGGGCGCUGCGUGGACGGGCACUGCGUGUGCCAUGAGGGGUACCUGGGUGAGGACUGUGGGGAGCUGCGAUGCCCCAACGACUGCCAAAACCGUGGGCGCUGCGUCAAUGGGCAGUGUGUGUGCAACGAGGGAUUCAUCGGGGAGGACUGUGGGGAGCUGCGGUGCCCCAAUGACUGCAACAACCGCGGGCGCUGCAUCAAUGGGCAGUGCGAGUGCCACGAGGGGUUCAUGGGAGAGGACUGUGGUGAGCUGCGGUGCCCCAACGACUGCAACAACCAUGGGCGCUGCGUCAACGGGCGGUGUGUGUGUGACGAGGGGUACACGGGAGAGGACUGUGGUGAGCUGCGGUGCCCCAACGACUGCCACUACCGUGGGCGCUGCGUGGAGGGACGCUGCAUGUGUGACAAUGGCUUCACAGGGGAGGACUGCAAUGAGCUGUCCUGCCUCAAUGACUGCCACCAGCGUGGGCGCUGUGUCAACGGGCGCUGCGUGUGCCACGAGGGCUUCACUGGGGAAGAUUGCCGUGAACGGUCCUGCCCCAAUGACUGCAACAACGUGGGCCGCUGCAUCGAUGGAUUGUGUGUCUGCGAGGAUGGUUACAUGGGAAUCGACUGCUCUGAUGUGUCUCCUCCAACAGAGCUGACUGUAACAAAUGUAACAGAUAAAACUGUAAAUCUGGAAUGGAAGCAUGAGAAUCUCGUCAAUGAGUACCUUGUCACCUAUGUCCCUACCAGCAGUGGUGGCUUAGAUCUGCAGUUCACUGUGCCAGGAAACCAGACAUCUGCCACCAUUCAUGAACUGGAGCCGGGUGUGGAAUAUUUUAUCCGUGUCUUUGCAAUCCUUAAAAACAAGAAGAGUAUUCCAGUCAGUGCCAGAGUAGCAACAUAUCUGCCUGCUCCAGAAGGUCUGAAAUUCAAAUCUGUUAGAGAAACAUCUGUCCAGGUAGAGUGGGAUCCUCUGAGCAUUUCAUUUGAUGGCUGGGAGCUGGUCUUCCGUAAUAUGAAAAAGGAUGAUAAUGGAGAUAUAACCAGCAGCUUGAAAAGGCCAGAGACAUCAUAUAUGCAGCCAGGCUUGGCACCAGGGCAACAGUAUAAUGUAUCCCUUCAUAUAGUGAAAAACAAUACCAGGGGACCAGGACUAUCCAAAGUGAUAACCACAAAGCUUGAUGCCCCUAGCCAAAUUGAGGCAAAAGAUGUCACAGACACCACAGCUCUGAUCACAUGGUCCAAACCCUUGGCUGAAAUUGAAGGCAUAGAGCUCACCUAUGGCCCCAAGGACGUUCCAGGGGACAGGACUACCAUUGACCUCUCCGAGGAUGAAAAUCAAUAUUCUAUUGGAAACCUGAGACCACACACAGAAUAUGAAGUGACGCUCAUCUCUCGGCGAGGGGACAUGGAAAGUGACCCCAUGAAAGAAGUCUUUGUCACAGACUUGGAUGCUCCAAGAAACCUGAAGCGAGUUUCACAGACAGACAAUAGCAUUACUUUGGAGUGGAAGAACAGCCAUGCAAAUGUUGAUAAUUACCGAAUUAAGUUUGCUCCCAUUUCUGGUGGAGACCAUGCUGAGAUCACAGUGCCGAAGGGCAGCCAAGCAACAACCAGAGCUACACUCACAGGUUUGAGGCCUGGAACUGAAUAUGGCAUUGGAGUGACAGCAGUGAGACACGACAGGGAAAGUGCUCCUGCUACCAUUAAUGCUGGCACUGAUCUUGAUAACCCCAAGGACUUGGAAGUCAGUGACCGCACUGAAACCACCCUGUCACUUCGUUGGAGAAGACCAGUGGCCAAGUUUGAUCGUUACCGCCUCACUUACGUCAGUCCUUCUGGAAAGAAGAACGAAGUGGAGAUCCCUGUGGAUAGCACCUCUUUCAUCCUUCGAGGGUUAGAGGCAGGGACAGAGUACACCAUCAGUCUGGUGGCAGAGAAGGGCAGACACAAAAGCAAACCCACAACUGUCAAGGGAUCGACUGAGGAAGAACCUGAGCUUGGAAAAUUAUCAGUAUCAGAGACUGGCUGGGAUGGUUUCCAGCUCACCUGGACAGCAGCCGACGGGGCCUAUGAGAACUUUGUCAUUCAGGUGCAGGAGGCUGACAACCCAGAAGAAACCCGGAAUAUCACGGUCCCAGGCAGACUGCACUUUAUGAAUGUUACAGGCCUCAAGGCCAACACACCUUAUAAUAUCACACUUUAUGGUGUGAUUAACGGCUACAGAACCAAACCGCUUUCUGUUGAAACUGCGACAGGAGUGCACCCAGAAGUUGGUGAGCUAACCGUUUCCGACAUUACUCCUGAAAGCUUCAACCUUUCUUGGACAACCACCAAUGGGGACUUCGACGUCUUUACUAUUGAAAUUAUUGAUUCUAACAGGUUGCUGGAGCCCAUGGAGUUCAACAUCUCAGGCAAUUCAAGAACAGCUCAUAUCUCAGGGCUUUCCCCCAGCACUGAUUUUAUUGUCUACCUCUAUGGGAUCUCUAAUGGUUUCCGUACACAGGCAAUAAGCUCUGCAGCUACAACAGUAGAGGAACCUCUCCUUAGCAAACUCACUGUAUCAAAUACUACCUCAGACACCAUGUUGCUCACGUGGGAGGCGCAGGACAAUGCCUUUGACCAUUUUAUUCUAGAAGUCAGAAACUCUGACUUCCCUUUGGACUCCCUGGUGCAAACAGUGCCAGGGGCCUCACGGCACUAUGUAGUCACCAGCCUCAAAGCUGCCACUAAUUACACUAUCCAACUCCAUGGUGUAAUUGAUGGGCAAGGUGGUCAGACCUUGACAGCACUGGCAACCACAGAGGCCAUGCCCCCACUGGAAAACCUAACUGUCUCUGAUAUUAACCCUUACGGGUUCACAGUGUCGUGGAUGGCAUCGGAGAAUGCCUUUGACAACUUUCUUGUAGUCGUGGUGGAUUCUGGCAAGCUGCUGGACCCACAGGAGUUCCUCCUUACGGGAGCCCAGCGGCAACUGAAGCUUAAAGGCCUUAUUACUGGCAUUGGCUAUGAGGUUAUGCUUUAUGGUUUUGCCAAGGGGCACCAAACAAAGCCCCUAAGCACUGUGGCCAUUACAGAAGCAGAACCCGAGGUCGACAACCUUCUGGUUUCAGAUGCUACUCCAGACGGCUUCCGUCUGUCCUGGACUGCGGAUGAUGGGGUUUUCGACAGUUUUGUUCUAAGAAUCAGGGAUACCAAAAGGAAAUCUGAUCCACUGGAACUAAUAGUACCAGGCCAUGAGCGCACCCACGAUAUAACAGGGCUGAAAGAGGGUACUGAGUAUGAAAUUGAGCUCUAUGGAGUUAGCAGUGGACGGCGUUCCCAACCCAUAAAUUCAGUAGCAACCACAGUUGUUGGAUCUCCGAAGGGAAUCUCAUUCUCUGACAUCACAGAAAACUCUGCUACAGUCAGCUGGAUAGCCCCACGCACCCGCGUGGAGAGCUACAGGAUCUCCUACGUCCCUGUCACAGGAGGAACUCCCAAUGUUGUUACAGUUGAUGGAAGUAAGACAAGGACCAAGCUGGUGAAAUUAGUCCCAGGUGUAGACUAUAAUGUUAAUAUCAUCUCUGUGAAAGGCUUUGAAGAAAGUGAACCCAUCUCUGGAAUUCUGAAAACAGCACUGGACAGCCCAUCAGGACUAGUGGUGGUGAACAUUACAGACUCGGAGGCUCUGGCAACCUGGCAGCCAGCAAUUGCUGCUGUGGAUAACUACGUUGUCUCCUAUGCUUCUGAGGAUGAGCCAGAAGUUACUCAGAUGGUAUCAGGAAACACUGUGGAGUAUGACCUGAAUGGCCUUCGACCUGCAACUGAGUAUACACUGAGCGUCCAUGCGGUGAAGGACACGCAAAAAAGCGAGACCCUCUCCACCCAGUUCACUACAGGAAUGGAUGCUCCAAGAGAUUUAAGUGCCACCGAGGUUCAGUCAGAAACAGCUGUGAUAACUUGGAGGCCUCCACGUGCUCCUGUCACUGGUUAUCUCCUGAUCUACGAGUCCAUUGAUGGCAAAGUCAAGGAAGUCAUCCUAGACCCUGAGACAACUUCCUACACCCUGGCAGAGCUGAGUCCAUCUACCCAGUACACAGUAAAACUCCAGGCACUGAACAGAUCCCUGAAGAGCAGAACGAUCCAGACUAUUUUCACCACAACUGGUCUUCUCUAUCCUUACCCUAAAGACUGCUCCCAGGCUCUCCUGAAUGGAGAAGUCACCUCUGGGCUCUACACAAUUUAUCUGAAUGGGGACAGGACCCAGCCUCUGCAAGUCUUCUGUGACAUGGCCGAAGAUGGGGGCGGAUGGAUUGUAUUCCUGAGGCGCCAAAACGGAAGGGAAGAUUUCUACAAGAACUGGAAGAGUUAUGCGGCUGGCUUCGGAGAUCCUAAGGAUGAAUUCUGGAUAGGUCUUGAGAACCUCCACAAAAUCACUUCUCAGGGCCAGUAUGAGCUGCGUGUGGAUCUGCGAGACAGAGGCGAGACAGCUUACGCUGUGUAUGACAAGUUCAGCGUUGGGGACUCGAAGACCCGGUACCGGCUAAGAGUGGAUGGGUACAGCGGCACAGCAGGUGACUCCAUGACCUACCAUAACGGCAGGUCCUUCUCCACCUUUGACAAGGACAAUGAUUCUGCUAUCACCAACUGUGCUUUGUCAUACAAGGGUGCAUUCUGGUACAAGAACUGUCACCGAGUCAAUCUGAUGGGCAGAUAUGGUGACAACAACCACAGUCAGGGUGUUAACUGGUUCCACUGGAAGGGCCACGAGUACUCCAUCCAGUUUGCAGAGAUGAAACUGAGACCUUCAAGCUUCCGAAAUCUGGAAGGGAGACGAAAGCGAGCAUAAAGCCUUGGGGUGGUGAAAGGGCUACAGGCAGGGCAAUGGGGGGGAGGGACAGAGAACAGGGGGUGUGGGGGAAUCCUCUGGCAUCACUGGGGUGGAGGGGUGUGAGGAGCUGGCAGUUGUACCAAAGCAUUGGUGACCCUUGGCGCAACAGAGGCUUCUGCAGCAGUCCAACCAACAAGCCUUAUAUGCCCCAGCGUUUCCAGCAGAGCAGCUCCUGCUGCCCACCGGUAAUGUCCUUCACGCCAAAGACAGCGAUCUCAAGGGUUGUAUGUUGUUUUGUUAAUUUUUCUUUUCUCAGCCUCUGGGAUGAAGUUCUUCCACGGUCUGACUAUCUCUUGGGUGGCCCAGGGUAGGGGAGGGAGAACAGCUUUGUAUAUUGGUAGUUUGUUUUAGAACCAGCCAUAUUUUUACACACAGAAAUGUGUACGAUUAAUUAUCAUUAUUAUUAUUAUUAGAUAUAAUUGAAAUCCUUUGGUUGUUGGAAAGCCUUUUUUAUAUAUAUAUCAAGUACCACAGAUAAGGAAGGGGUGGGGAAGGGAAAGCAGUACAUUUUUAAACUUAAGCAUAAAAUUAAUAUUAUUAAUAUAAUGACAAAGUAAUAAUAAUAAUG